GCCGACCGCGCUCUCUCCGUGUCUUCCCGGGCUCCGCUUGCACCGGACGAGCCCCCACAGAGGGGGAUGCUACGGGCACCACCUCCCGGGGCAGUUGCGCCUCUCCGCUCACUCCGGCGUCCCCAGCCGCGGCACCCCGGGGAAGUUGUCUCGUGAGCCCGCGGCCCCCGGGUCUCCUCCUCCUGAGCCCCGCCCCCCGCCCAGCGCGGGGGACCGCACAGCCGCCCGGCCCGGGGGCGUCGCCGCUCGCUCUCCGGAGCCGGUGGAGCCCACGAAGCCAGCGCUGCUGGCGAGCGUCCGCUUCCCUGCAAGCAGCGCGCGUGGCUCGGCGGCCGGGAGACCCCUGCGCAACCCCGCCACGGCGCGCGCCCAGAGCGCGGGAGCCCGGAGCACCGGGCGCCUGGGACCCCGCGCAGCCGCUGGCCAGCCCGCGGGGCUCGGCAGGGAUGCGGGCUGUGCUGUGAGACCGGGCGCCAGGGCCAUGGCCGGCGCCCGCUGCCGGACCCUGUACCCCUUCUCCGGGGAGCGGCACAGCCAGGGGCUGCGCUUCGCUGCGGGCGAGCUGCUCACGCUACUCCAGGUCCCGGACGGCGGCUGGUGGGAAGGCGAAAAGGACGACGGGCUCCGUGGCUGGUUCCCCGCCAGCUACGUGCAACUACUAGAGAAGCCUGGGAUGGUCCCCCCUCCGCCAGGAGAGGAGAGCCAGACGGUCAUCCUUCCACCCGGCUGGCACAGCUACUUGUCUCCUCAGGGCCGCCGUUACUAUGUCAACACGACUACCAAUGAGACCACCUGGGAACGUCCCAGCAGUUCUCCUGGGAUUUCAGCCAGCCCUGGCCCUCACAGGAGCUCUCUGCCUACAACAGUGAAUGGAUACCACGCAUCAGGGACCCCGGCGCACCCUCCAGAGACUGCCCACAUGAGUCUCCGAAAAUCCACCGGUGAUUCCCAGAACCUGGGAUCCUCAUCGCCAGGCAGGAAACAGAGCAAAGAAAACACCAUCACCAUCAACUGUGUGACAUUCCCUCACCCGGACACGAUGCCUGAGCAACAGCUGCUCAAGCCCACCGAGUGGAGCUAUUGUGACUACUUUUGGGCGGACAAGAAGGACCCACAAGGCAAUGGCACAGUGGCUGGCUUUGAACUGCUGCUGCAGAAGCAACUGAAAGGCAAGCAGAUGCAGAAGGAGAUGUCCGAGUUCAUCCGGGAAAGGAUAAAGAUUGAAGAAGAAUAUGCAAAGAACCUGGCUAAGCUCUCUCAGAACUCCUUGGCUGCCCAGGAGGAAGGCUCCUUGGGAGAGGCAUGGGCCCAAGUAAAGAAGAGCCUGGCAGAUGAGGCUGAAGUUCAUCUCAAGUUCUCUGCCAAGCUCCACAGCGAGGUGGAGAAACCCCUGAUGAACUUCAGAGAGAACUUCAAGAAAGACAUGAAAAAGUGUGACCACCACAUCGCUGACCUCCGUAAGCAGCUGGCGAGCCGCUAUGCCUCAGUGGAGAAGGCCCGCAAAGCCCUCACAGAGCGGCAGAAAGACCUGGAGAUGAAGACCCAGCAGCUGGAGAUCAAGUUGAGCAACAAGACCGAGGAGGACAUCAAGAAGGCACGGAGGAAGUCCACUCAGGCCGGAGAUGAUCUCAUGCGCUGUGUGGACCUCUACAACCAGGCCCAGUCCAAGUGGUUUGAAGAGAUGGUGACGACCACACUGGAACUGGAGCGGCUGGAGGUGGAGAGGGUGGAGAUGAUCCGACAACAUCUGUGCCAGUACACACAGCUGCGGCACGAGACAGACAUGUUCAACCAAAGCACAGUCGAGCCUGUGGACCAACUGCUGCGAAAAGUGGACCCAGCCAAAGACAGAGAGCUAUGGGUCAGAGAGCACAAAACAGGCAACAUCCGCCCAGUGGACAUGGAGAUCUAGAAGUGACUGUAUGGUCCGGGGGGGUUCCUGCUGAGGAGAGGGGCUGGGGGUCCCAUGGAGAAGGGGCUGUAUCUGCCCUAUUACCUGCUAACCUAUACACUGAGAAGGAAGAAAGGAGCCAGUGAUUCCAGGAGGAGGAGGGCCCAGCCAGGGGCUCCCCAGUAUUUCCAGGCCAUAAUGGUGGACCCACAGCCCUGACUUCACCUAGAAGACUGAAGCCUCCCCCUCCAACUCCCAUGCUGUGCGUGUCCCCCUGAGAACCAACUGAGGCUAGAACCCUAGGGUCCCUGCUGAGUUCCACAGGGGUGGACAUCACACACCUGUGCCCCUGGUAUCUAAGGCCUGUCCUCUAGUGGGAUUGUCAUCUCCAGGACUAUGAAAGAGAGAGGGUGGCCGUGUCUCUGUCUGCAAACAAUGUCAGGAUCAGAAUCAAGGACAGGAGACAAAGUGAAGUUCACAUCCAGCACCCACAACCUUUAUCAGUCCUCCCGACUCCCCACCCUUUGCAUUCUGGGAGCCCACAUCUAUUUUUGCAUCCCCCCACAAGAGGGGUGGGGUUUCUUCCCAACCCAAAUCUGGAGAGGUCAGAAUGGAACUACCUCAGUUGGCACAAACAGAUCAUGGCUCCUAUCAGUCUCAGAUUCCAGAUCUGGCAUUCCAGAUCUGAAUUUCAGAUUCAGAUCAGGCAUUGGCUGUAAAGUCUACCACCACGAAGUCCCAAUCUACCCUUCCCUCAACCUCUUUCUCAAGGAGGAAACUCCCCACCUCACCCUGACAACCCUUGAUGUUUCCCAAAGUCUUUAGACAGCUGUGUGCAUGUUCAAAGACUUUAGGGGUGGAGUCUCACAAAGUCUUGUUUGACACAUGCCCCCCCCCAGCCCCUCAACACUGUCACACCCUUGACCAGCACUCCUCUGUGCUGACUUCAGACCCUGUGUGGCAACAGUAAGAGCUGAGUUUUGUUAUUCUCUAGAAUGGCUCCAGCUGUGGGUGUGCACAAUGAGGUAGGAACUGCUUUCCCCCUUACUGUCAUUGGUCAGUGGUGCAGAUUCUUAUGGCUGUAGGUGGUUGCUACCCAGGAAGCGAAGGAACUUUGGGGAGUCACAAGGUGAGUGGGUAGGGGGUGAAGAAUUCUAGCUGGAAACUUGUAUGGAGGUGAGGGAGGACAUUUUUUCUCGUCUUUCCCACAGAUGACUCUGUAUUUGACCUGUCUAUCUUCUCCAAGGGCAAAAUCCUCUAAAUGCCACUCACAUCUUUCAGUCUCACAAUGCACAUCGUGGAUAGCUUACUAAUCUUGGACCUUCUGGCAGCCCAUUCACAGAACCAUCUCUCAUGGUUGUUAGCAAGAUGCCUCACACACUAAAGCAAACUAAGCACUGUCACUUUCCUUACUGAGCCAUCUCAGCCAUAAAGGCCACCAUGAGGACAUUUCACCAACCUGUGCUCAGCAUGAACUGUGACACCAGCCUUUGAUAUUAGGACAUUAUUUCUUGAUUUCCUUAUUAAAAGAAAAAAAUGGGUGCUAGUGGUAAUUUGCUUUGUGGCUUAGCAACCUAAUUUGUGAGUGAUGGUCAAGUUCCAAGUCUUGUCAUACACAGGGGGUUGGGUAUCACAGUGUAGCUCAUGACUUUGUUCCCUCACCCCACCCCCAAUCCAAAAGGUUCAGAGUCCCCUGAGAUGACACUUCCUCCAGCAUAACCCCAGUUGGCUGACGUGAGCCUCUUCCAUCUGAGGCCACUCUCUCUUUGAUUCCUUUUUAAUCUAUCCACACAUGCCUUUCCCUUCUUUGAUCCCCUCCUCUCCAUUGUUCAUUCAUGAAGAGUUUUGUUAGAGACAAGCAAUCUGUAAUCCCUCACCUGAAGACAGCAGACUACAGCUCUAUAAUGCGAGGAAGCGCUCAAAUGUCCUGUGCGAACCCCUCGCCUCUUCCUGAGAUAGACUUGGCUCUCCCUCUCGGAUACUCUGCCCAUUGAGUUCACAGUGGUACCAGCUACAUGCCGGUUCCUGAGCAUCCUUUAUGUGCAUUUGCGUUCUCAGUGGUCCUGCCUGUAUGCUGGUUCACAUCCAUCUUUUCAUCUGCACACUCGUUUUCUCGGCGAAUGCUUGGAACUGGGCACUGAGUGCUGGAACUAGCCUUGUGUGUCUGAGGGCACCCUUCAGCUCGCUCCACCCACCCACCCCCCCACCCCCAGGUAGACAGGUGCGUUUUGACCCUUCUGGACAGAAGGAACAACGGGUUUUCCACCCAACCCAAUGGGAUUGUUGAAGUAUUAACUGUGCUAAGAGAUCUUGACACAGCAGUGAGAUUCCAGUCUCCUUAUUACCAAACUCUCAAUUCAUACACAGCUUCAAUUUCCGAAAUGGCUUCAAUUGGUUUCCAGUAUGUUUCCUUAUACUACAAAUAGGGAGGGUAAGAACAUGGAGGAGGUGGGUGCCAGGAAGUGAUACCCAGAACUAUGAUCAUGAUAGAGUCAAGUGUCCAACUACCUUCACAGCACCCAGUGAUCAAGGUGAUGACAUUUGAGAACCUGAAAGUGCAUACUGAGUUGAGUGUUCAGGCUGCUGUCCUUGGUCUCUAUGCAGUGCUGGGGACCCAACCAAGAGUCACGUGUCUAGGCCAGUGCUUUACCACUUAGCUAUACCCAGUCCUGUUACCUUACUUUUGUGAACACGUCACUGCAUAGGUUCUGAGAGGACCUGGCUGGGUUUAUUUAAGAGUGGGAGAGCAUCCAUUGUCCAAACUGAGAGCAGCAGCAGCCCUCUCUUCCUGCCCCCACCUAGGAGUGCCAAUGCACUUAAGCUUUGUCUGCAAAACCCUGAUUUUUUUUUAUAAAUCUAAAAUGAAUGAUUUUCCAAAAAAUGGGUUGGUUACCAUGGCAACCUUCAGGAAGAGCUACCCUUCAUUAUUUUCUAGCACUUUUGAACAGUCCCACAGUGCACAGGCCAUUUGAAGGAUGUAGAUGGCAGCCCUGGGCUGUCUCUGUUGACUCAGGAGGAUCUCCGCAAUGGUUGAUUAAUAGCUGAAGCAAAGUAUCCAAAUUUGUGACAAGGGUUUGUGUGUCCCCUCCGUGAAAUCCAGCCGAUUAUCAGGGUAGUAGAUGGGCGCAUGAGAACCUUGGCUCAGCCAAAGCCCCUUCAUGGAAAUACAAGCCAUAAAAUUCAAAAAACCUUGGUUUGUGUGGGGGUUUGUUCCCAUCCAUGAGUAGACUUGACAAGAAGAAUUUAAACGGGAGUCUGAAGACCUGCUGUUACUAGGAAGUUAAGAAAGGCGUUUUACAGAUAUAAAGAAAGAGAACACGUCAGCUGCCUGAUGGCUUAGCCUGGAGACCCCCUCAUUGCCAAAGUUGUUCCCGUGCCACAAAGCAUCUCUCCACCCCCUUUUCAAGGAAUGCAGUUCUACAAACUGAUCUCCUUAACCACAACCAAGAUAGGCACGUCACCAUGUCAAUUCCCCUUUUCCCAACCCUGAUCUUAGCAACCAGUUCAAUGUUCUGCCCCUACAAUCUUACCUUUUUCUACAAUGCCAUGUAAGUGGGGUCAGCCAUGAUGUCAUGUGUGUCAGUAGAGGGUCUCCUCUCCCUGCUGAGUAGUAUUCUAUCAUAUGGGUGGGCCCCGGGAUUUUCUUAGUUUUAUAACGAGGUUUUUUUUUUUAAUACCCUAGAACUCAUAGCCCCAAAUCUCCAGUUUGUUUGUAUAACUGCUUCCAACCCACUGCUUCUUAUGUUGCUGGGGCUCCUUACGCGGACCCCAGCUGUGCCCUCAAAUUGGUGAUUCUAGUUUGGGCUCAGUGAAGGAAGCAGGAAGGGGCAGCAACUGAAUAUCACUCUCCACUGCUGCUGCAGUAAAUCUCUCAGUACAAGAAGACCCUCUCCCUCAGGGGACUGUCACGUCAGUCCUCGGUAGUUCUGUAAUUUAUUGAACAUUGGCCCUUGGGUGUAGCUUGACCCUUCCCAGAAUCUGUUUUGCCAUCUGCCAUUUGAGGGUGCUUGUUCUAAACAGCCUUUGAGGGUUUUACCCCCUGUGUCUCCCCCCUCCCCAUUGCCUAUUUGCAUCCUAUGCAUGUGGUCAUAUGUAAGCUGGAUCAUCUCCACAGCUGUGGCCAGAAAUCCUCACGAAGGGCACUUUUCUAGGUAGACCCAAAUGGAACUAAAUCAUGUCACACGCUGAGAGAAUUACUUAGUUCCUCUCAGGACCCCUGAAGAAGCUAUGAGUCAGUACCAGUAGCUUCUGGGUCUGUCGUAGGAGCGAGGACAACUGUAAACGCAGGGUCAAGUCCUUCUUGCUCAUUGUAGUUUGAUUUGCCAGCAGUCAUACUGAGACUAGCUUGAUCCUACACCUGUUAAGACAGUGGCAAAGAUAGGCCCAAGCUAAGUGGAGGCCAGGCCAGGUGAGGGUGGGGCCCUCUGGGACCUAGUCCUCUAAGCUGCCUUUGUUAGAUACUGCUGAGUGAAAGGUGGACCGAGAAGGCUCUUGUGAAGCUCCAGGUAGAUGGAAAUGUUCCUAGGUUCAGGUGAGAGCCGGAUCUGGAGAGUCAGAACCCGUGGGUCUUGAGAUAGGAGGGAAAGCAGCUACGGAGUUUUUGCUGGUUAAUCAUUUCUGAGGCGAAAGGCCUUCUUCUCAGAGGACAGGCUCCAUCAGGAAUCGAGGAUCAAGGCUCCCCUGCUGUAAUCUUCUAGUGUUGAGUGUAGCUCUUGAGGACUGAACUAUGGAGGCUUGGGUUGGGGAAUGUGGAUGCCCUUAGAUCCUUUUUCUGGGUGAUAAGUAGGGAUGUGGGCCCUUUGUGUUUAAGGAGAGUUUCUAAUAGGGCUGUGCUGAUAGAGUGUGAAGGGCCAGAGCCACAGUAUGGCACAGGGGCAGAAGGGAAGAGCUGAGACUGGCCCGGCCCUGCUUCUCAGUCUGUUCCACAUCCUAAGGUCACACCCUGUCAGGACUUCUUUGUGCUCACCUGUCCGUUCCUGCAGCUUCCUCGACAGACAGGUUCUUGGACCCAGGCACCAACAUUCCAAGGGACACCAGCCAACCUGGGUGAGGGCCCUACUCUGUAUGUCUUCCCUUCCCUGGGGUGGAAGAGAUGUCCGGAAGCAUUCCCUUGCAACCCGAGCACAUCAGCGAACCCCACGAAAGUGGAAUUUUCUAACAAAAUAAACUUGCUCAUUUGGUCUGUUUUCUGUAACUUUUGCUAAAUACUUUAUACAUUUUUAAUGUUGAAAAGCAGUGUCUCCUGCCAGAACUCCUCACCCAGGAUGAAUGUGUUUACUCCACGCUGUAUAUCUUUCCAUGCUCCGGCUGCCUGGACCAGUAAAUAAAAUGGAUGUAAUAUAAGUUGUAAGUAAUGUUGUCGAAACUCUGAUCCCAAUGGAGGCUGCACACCUCCCCCACCCCAUGAUAGCAUCUGUGUGUAUUAAUUCUGAAGAAUUAAAUGUUUAAAUUAGAGUUUAAA